AUGCUAGAAGAUACUUGGAAACCCAAGGAGCAUGGUCUUCAAGUGGCUUCCAUGAAAGCUGUACCUGGACACUCGUUCUUUGGAUUAGGUUUCACUGAAUGUGUGAUCGUGGGGGAGAGAAUGGAGAAUGAGAGAAAAAAUGGCUCAUGGAGUCUGCCCCGAGCUUUGCCCAAUGCUUUCACAGCUGUUUCAAGCAUUCCAACUUAUCUCUUCCUCAUAAUUGUCCGCCUGUUACAGAUGAGGAAACAGAUGCAGAAAGGUUGCCUGAGGUUAAAGAAAAACCAAACCAAAACAAACCAAAACAAAAAAAGCGUGGUCCUCUGCCUACCCAGUGCUCCAGCUGAGGAGGCCUGUACACGCACCUGCCCCACAGCCUGUGCCUGCAGCAGCGUGGAGCGAGGCUGCUCAGUGCGCUGCGAUCGCGCGGGCCUCCAAAGGGUGCCAGCCGAGUUCCCGUGCGAGGCGGCUUCCAUCGAUCUGGACCGAAAUGGCCUGCGUUUCUUGGGCGAGAGAGCCUUUGGUACGCUGCCGUCGCUGCGCCGCCUGUCGCUGCGCCACAAUAAUCUGUCCUUCAUUACACCAGGCGCCUUCAAAGGCCUGCCACGUCUGGCUGAGCUGCGCCUGGCACACAACGGCGACCUGCGCUACCUGCACGCACGCACCUUUGCCGCGCUGGGCCGCCUGCGUCGCCUCGACCUAGCUGCCUGCCGCCUCUUCAGCGUGCCCGAGCGCCUCCUGGCUGAGCUGCCUGCCCUGCGCGAGCUUGCCGCCUUCGACAACCUGUUCCGCCGCGUGCCUGGUGCGCUGCGCGGCCUGGCCAACCUGACGCACGCGCACCUGGAGCGCUGCCGCAUCGAGGCUGUGGCUUCCAGCUCCCUGGAGGGCCUGCGGCGCCUGCGGUCGCUCAGCCUGCAGGCCAACCGCGUCCGUGCAGUGCAUGCUGACGCCUUCCGUGACUGUGGUGCCCUGGAGCAUCUGCUACUCAACGACAACCUGCUGGCCAUGCUGCCAGCCGACGCAUUCCGUGGUCUGCGCCACUUGCGCACGCUCAACUUGGGUGGCAACUCGCUGGGCCACGUGGCACGCGCCUGGUUCGCCGACCUGGCCGAGCUCGAGCUGCUCUACCUGGACCGCAACAGCAUAGCCUUCGUGGAAGAAGGUGCCUUCCAGAACCUCUCGGGCCUCCUUGCUCUGCACCUCAACAGCAACCACCUCACGGUGCUCACCUGGGCCGCCUUCCAGCCCGGCUUCUUCCUGGGUCGCCUCUUUCUCUUCCGCAACCCGUGGCACUGUGACUGCGGCCUGGAGUGGCUGCGGGACUGGAUGGAGAGCUCUGGGCACGUCAUCGAUGUGCCGUGUGCCUCUCCAGGUUCCGUGGCCGGCCUGGACCUCAGUCAGGUGGCCUUUGGGCGCUCUUCCAAUGGCUUCUGUGUGGAUCCUGAGGAACUGAACCUAACUGUAUCCAGCCCAGGCUCAUCCCCAGAGCCAGCAGCCACCACUGUGAGCAGGUUCAGUAGCCUCCUGUCCAAGUUGCUGGCCCCAAGGGCUCCAGUGGGGGAGGCGGCCAACUCCACGGAGGAGCCAGCCAAUGUUUCGCUGUCUGACAGCCUUCCCUCUGGUGGGGUGGGAAGCUCGGGCUACAACACGCGGUUUCUCCUCGGGUCUAGUCUCCUGCUCAGCGUUUUCCAGCACAUGGUGUUUGUCCUACAGACAGACUCACUCUGCCACACUGGGGUGAUCCAAACCGCCUGA